AUGCACAAAAAUCGUAGAAUCGGAUCCGAAGUUGCAAAUGACCCUGGUCCGCCUGUGGGAAAUAGAAAUGAGUCGGGCACCCAUGAGUUUGGGUCUGGAGCUCAGCCGCUGCCUACCAUUUACCCAAGUGGUGGAGUUGGAUCAGGAGUAGUGAGUGGUCAUGGUUUAAAUCCUGGGCUUGGAAUAGGAUCCGGAACCUCUCCAAUUUACUCUCAGGGAAAUCGUGAAAUUGGGUCUGGAGCAGAGCAGCAGCCUACCAUUCACCCAAGUGGUGGAUUUGGAUCAGGAGCAGUGAGUGGACAUAGUUUGAAUCCUGGGCGUGGAAUAGGAUCCGGAACUUCUCCAAUUUACUCUCAGGAAUCUGCAAUGGGCCAUGCUGUUCCCGCUGUGGAUCCUUAUUCGAAUACCGUGACUUCAAUGGGAGUUGAUGCAUCGUCUGCCAAUCCCCACCUACGAGGAGUUUCUGAUAUAACUGGAGUGGCUGGGUACAGACCAUAUAACAACCAGUAG